AUGUCUAUGCCCAAUGGGCUUGAGGCUGCGAUAGAUAUUCGCAACGAUAAUGAGCUGAUGGAGAAAACACAAAAAUUCGGCAUGCCUAUGGGUUCACCUCUGUCUCCGGUUAUCGCUGAUAUUGUGUUACAAGAUUUAGAGAGGAAGGCGUUAGAUACUUUAGGCUUUUAUAUACCAUUUUAUGUGCGAUAUGUGGAUGAUAUUGCUAUGGGUGCUCCUGUCAAAAAAACCUCACAAAUUUUGGACGUUUUUAACUCAUUUCAUCCCCGAUUACAAUUCACGUUAGAAAUAGGUGGAAAUAGGUUGAAUUUCUUGGACAUCACCAUCAUUAAGAAUAACCAAUCUCUGGAAUUUGAUUGGUACCAUAAGCCAACAUACUCGGGGAGAUAUUUGAAUUUUUUUUCUGAACAUCCUUUGUCACAGAAAAAGGGCACUGUUAUGGGAAUGGUUGAUACAGCUUUUCUAUUAUCAGCACCUAAAUAUCAUAAAAAGAAUUUAUUAUUUGUGAUAGAGACACUUAUGAAUAAUGACUAUCCGGUGGAUUUUAUUUUCAAUGUAAUGAAUGAACGUCUCAAAUCUUUAUUACAUGGAAAAACGUUGAGGCAAAACAGUAACAUUGAUAGCGACACAGAUGUAAAAAACAAUAUGUGGUUUGCGUUCCCCUAUGUAACUAAGGUUUCGGAUAAAUUUAGAGAUAUCACCAAGGAUUAUAAAGUAAACCUGGCGUACUUUAGUCUCAAUAAGCUUAGCUGUUUUAUAAAAACACAUAAAGAUCCGAUACCAAAUAUGUCUAAAAAGAACGCAGUAUAUAAGAUCAAAUGUAAUGACUGUGAUGCUUCAUACGUUGGUCAGACUAAACAACAUAGACUUAAUUAUAAUCACGAUUUCGAUUGGGAAAAUGUAGAGAUAAUGGACAAUGAAAGAUUUUUAUUUAAACGACGAAUAUCAGAAAUGGUGCACAUACAGUUGCAAAAAAAUGGGUUAAACUUACAGUCUGACACAGAAUUUCUACACCAUGCGUAUAUUUCGAUCUUGAAUAAUUUGUAA